AUGGCGAAGGCGAUCAAGAAGGGAUUGUUCUGCCCGAGCGCCGUGAGGAAGAACUGGCUGCUGCUGAGCACGGUGGCCGCAGUGCUGGCGGGUAUUGGAAUUGGUGUGCUGGUACGGGAAUAUGGCAAGCUGUCUAACUUGGAUAAGGUCUACUUUGCAUUUCCUGGGGAACUGCUGAUGAGAAUGCUCAAACUCAUCAUUCUGCCAUUAAUCAUAUCAAGUAUGAUCACAGGUGUGGCUGCUUUGGAUUCCAACAUUUCUGGGAAGAUUGGUUUGCGAGCAGUUGUAUAUUAUUUCUGCACUACAGUCAUUGCUGUAAUACUAGGGAUUGUCCUUGUUGUGACCAUUAAACCUGGAGUGACUCAAAAGGCAAGUGAGAUUGACAGAGUGGGCAGUUCCCCAGAAGUCAAUACCGUUGAUGCAAUGCUGGAUCUGAUCAGGAAUAUGUUCCCAGAGAACCUUGUUCAGGCCUGUUUCCAACAGUAUAAAACCAAACGUGAAAAAGUUAAAGCUACAACUACUGUGGAUAGAAAUAGCUCCGUAUUUCAAGAAGAACCCACUACAACCACUACGACAGCGAAGGCUUCAGAGAACAAAACCCAAGAAUACAAAAUUGUGGGGAUGUAUUCCAACGGCAUCAAUGCACUAGGGCUGAUUGUCUUUUGUCUUGUUUUUGGAAUGGUUAUUGGGAAAAUGGGAGAGAAAGGACAAGUGCUGAUGGAUUUCUUCAACGCGCUGAAUGAAGCUACAAUGAGAAUAGUUCAGAUAAUUAUGUGGUAUAUGCCAAUUGGUAUCGUGUUUUUAGUUGCUGGGAAGAUAAUAGAAGUUGAGGACUGGGAAAUCUUUCGUAAACUGGGUCUUUAUAUGGCUACAGUAAUAAGUGGACUUGCAAUCCAUUCCAGUAUAAUUCUGCCCCUUAUCUACUUCAUAAUAGUAAGGAAAAAUCCUCUUCGGUUUGCCAUGGGUAUGGCUCAGGCACUUCUGACAGCCCUCAUGAUCUCUUCCAGUUCAGCAACAUUGCCUGUCACCUUCCGAUGUGCAGAAGAAAAAAACUUGAUUGACAAAAGAAUCACUAGGUUCGUUCUUCCAGUUGGAGCUACCAUCAACAUGGAUGGCACAGCUCUUUAUGAAGCAGUAGCAGCCAUAUUUAUUGCACAGCUGAAUGACUUAGAACUGGAUAUUGGCCAGAUAGUUACCAUUAGUGUCACAGCUACGGCAGCCAGCAUCGGGGCUGCAGGUGUGCCCCAAGCCGGACUUGUCACCAUGGUGAUUGUGCUGAGUGCCAUUGGCCUGCCUGCAGAAGAUGUUACUUUGAUCAUUGCAGUUGACUGGCUUCUGGAUCGGUUCAGAACAAUGGUGAAUGUCUUGGGAGAUGCCUUUGGUACAGGAGUAGUGGAGAAGCUCUCAAAAAAGGAGCUGGAGCAGAUGGAUGUCACCUCUGAAGUCAACAUAGUCAAUCCUUUUGCCUUGGAAACAGGAAUACUUGAUAAUGAUGAAACACAGGCCAAGAAAUCUUACAUCAACGGAGGCUUCGCUAUAGAUAAAUCUGACACCAUAUCCUUCACACAGACAUCCCAGUUCUAAAGCCAGUAGUUUGCAGAUAAAACAGGAGCACUAGGGGACAUGGCCAUAUGCAAUAUCUCAAAAAGCUUAAAGGAAAUUGAGAAUGAAUUGCAUUUCACUUACAUUUGAUUUACCACACAGACUGAUUCUCCUUACCAGUUCUACCCCUUCUCAUCAUCUUCCCUCAACAGU